GUGUGUCCGCUGUGCAGGAGGCGAUGUGGGGACCCGGGCGGCGGCGCGGGGCCCAGCCCUGAGGAGGCGUCCUGCGGCUGGGAGGGGCGCGGCCCUCCUCUGGCCCCCCUGCGGCGCUCCGGGACGCUCCUACUAAGAUGUCCCUCAGCAGCGGCCCUGCAGGCGGGAAAGGUGUGGACUCCAACGCGGUGGACACGUACGACAGCGGCGAUGAGUGGGAUAUCGGCGUCGGCAAUCUGAUCAUCGACCUGGACGCCGACCUGGAGAAGGACAAGCUAGAGAUGUCGAGCAGCAAGGAGGGGGGGGGCAUGGCCGCCCCCCCCGGCGCCGUGGCGGCGCUACCGGACAACAUAAAGUUCGUCAGUCCUGUAGCCGCCGCGCAGGGCAAAGAGAGCAAAUCUAAAUCCAAACGGAGUAAAAACUCAAAGGAGAGCGCUAAGACCCCGGUCUCAGACGGGGCCAAGAAGGAGGUUCAGGGCCGGGCCCCCGGGGAGGCGCCGACCCAGAACCUCAACUCGACCCCCACUAAGGGCACGGACAAGUCUAGUAAACCCUCCCGCACCCUCCCCGCUGGGAAAAAGGACAAAGACGGGGCGUCGGGGAAAACCAAGAAGGACAAAAUGGAGGUUGUGGCGACGGGAGUGGUCGGCUCUGAGAAGGAGCCGGCGGCCCCCGGCCCCCGCAGCGGGCCCUUCGAGGGCCAACAGAACCCGGAGGGGGCGGCGGCCGAGCAGCUCGGCAACCUGGCGCCGGACCCGGCGGGGAUGGGCCAGCCUGUCGCCAUGACAACGGAGCAAGAGAAGGUGGACGACGGCGAAUGCCGAAAUCUGAAGAAAGGGGUCAGCGUGAAGGUAAGAGGAAACGCUCAGGCUCACAUUUAG